AUGGAGUAUGCAGCGCCAAUAUGGAACCCACAUUUGGUAAAGAAUGUUAAGCUGGAAAAAUUGCAAAGGCUUACAACUAAACUAAUACCGGAGCUGAGGGGUAUUAGUUAUGAGAAGCUUAGAGGAGCUAAACCUGACGAUACUAGAGGACAGAGGGACCAGAUUGAGUGUUGCUCUGAGACAGGUGAUGUGGAGGCCACACAAGAGAGUGUGAAGGCAACAGUAAAAGAAUGGUCAGCCUUGUCAUCAGGUUACCAUAGUAGUGUGGGCUCAUCAGAGGCCAGCUUAGGAACCUUAGAGUCGUCUCAGGUUGUUGAUGCAAGAAGUAGUGGUGAAGAUGAUGACAGUGAUUGGGGUGAGGAUGAAUGGCCGGUGGAGCGUGCUCUGCCUUUGCCAAAAUGGGGUUGUGAGCGUCCAGAGCUGAACCUGCUCACCCUGGACCAGUAUGAGGACUUCCUUAUUCAUGUGACCCAACAUCUCCAAUAUAUCCUCUCUUCCCACUGCUAUGACACUGUCUCAAACUUUAUUAUGUUCAGUGAGGAGUACGUGUCCUCACGGAGCGAGUAUCCAGCGCUUGAAGAAUUCUACCGUGACUAUGACCCACCACUGCUGCCCGGCCGUCAUACUUGUGUUGGUCUGUCCUGCCUCCUCGACACUAGACUUUCUGCCCUUGAACUUCAGUACCCUGGCUUAAAGGAUUCCGUAUAUAAGGUGUCUUGUGAAGAAGAGGUGGACAACGUCGAGUGGUACUGCACAGGGGAUGCUCCACCUGUCACCUGUGAAAAAGAACAUGUACUGUUGUGUAUCAGAAUCCGUGUGUGUGGUCGUGCAGGUGUUGUGCUUCUCGACCCUGGCUACCACAUUGGUGAGCCAGUCACUGUUAUGGAAGAUGGUCUGGCUCCCCAGUCUGGAGCUAUAAGGGCUAGCACAGCAAGGGCUCAAGUGAUGAGGUUUUACCGUUACUGGUUCUGGCCUGAUAAUCCAUCAUUUGUGGCUUGGGAAGUAACUGAAGAACGGGAGAGAAAACCAGCUCACCAACACAUAAGCCUUAUCCAUGUGGCUCGUCCGUUUCUCUCAGGUAUAGAUGUAGCAGAGCGUCGUAAUCUUGCAUACCCCUUUAAGACAUUAGUGGCUCGAGAACCAACAGGACGCCUUAGAUGUGGCCUGUAUUUUCCUCUUCGUGACUGUCAUCGAAGUUACGUAACACUCUUCCACCUAGUGGCUGGCCUUCCUCAUCAUGUUAAAGUACCUCUCGAUUACUUCCUGGAAGAAUCAUCUCGAGAGGAUUAUAUAGAUGCAGCCAUAGAAGCAGUGGCUGCAGGGACAGGCAGAACCAUGGAGGACCUUUGUUUUACCUUGACUGCUGUGGCCCGCCUUCUUUCCGAUCAAAACCUCUUGCUGCAGCUAGCACAACUGAAUGAAGCUAUUGACAGCAUCAGUAAAAACAACUAACAACUGCAUUAAAAAGUUACAAGAAUGUAUAUAGUGCACACAUAUUUUUCAUUUUAACAUUGGUUAUUUAUCACCAUGGCAGGGAGCUCGAAGGAGUCGCAUUUACCAUCACUCGCUUCGUGUUUUUUUUUUUUCCAGAAGUGCACAGACAUCAUGAUUUAAUGACCCACUAAACUGCAACACUAAUUUUCUAGAAACAACAUGGAUACUGUUCUCAAAAAGGAGCUAAAUUUUUCAGAGGAUCUCCCCAGACAAGUUUGUUAUUUGUGGUGAAACCUUAGUUUUCUUCACUACUAGAGGUUAUUUAUUAUGUGGGUCAAUAUGCACUUAAUGGGUUUGGAUUUGAGAAGAACUUGCCUAGUACGGGCCAGUAGGUCUGCUACAGGGUUCCUUAUUUCUUAUGAUCUCAUAAGCGUUCUUGGAUCAUUCAUCAUGAAUAUAAAAAUGGCAUUAUUGUUACUUUUAUAUUCAUUGGGAACUACUGAACCCUAUAGGGGUCAAAGGUAAUUAGGUUUUAAGAAAGCGCAGGGUAGUUCAAAUUCGUCUAAUCAAAGCACUUGACCAGCAUCAAGGCAUUCACUUCCCCUUGUAAAGAAGUGGUAGCUUUGGCCACCUUUGUUCUUCGUCUUCUGUCUUCACUACUACCUCCGGUGAAAGACAGCAGCCAGUUUUAAGUGGGCCACUUUUGUAUACUGAACAUUGUGCUCGCUUAUUUAUUCAUGCAUAUUUACAAAUCUUUUGUAGCACUGUGGCACCUUAAUGCGCACUGAUGCAGGGAGAGGGAAGGACUCUGUCUAUGCCAGGAGUUGUGGGAUAUCCUUAAACCCCACCUAGUGCAGAUUUGGCUUGGUUAUUUCAGAUAUGAGUACAUUGUAUAUGCUCAUGGCCUCGGUUUAUUUUGGUAUGCAUACACUGGGGGGAAGGAUCCUGGUUGAUCGUGAGCGUUUUUUUGUAGAGUCGACAUCAGGAAACUUCAGUUCUGGGAGGUUGUUGAUCUUAAAAAUAGAGCAAUAACCUGGGUUGGAGGUCUAUUUCAGGUGGGUAAAACGAGAGGUGAGGAUUUUCUUAGUAACUGUUCUGAAGGAUGGAGGUUGGGUCAAUGGUUAGAAGUAGGGAAGGUGAACUUCUCGGUUACUUGAAGUAUUUUAUGAGUGUUGGCAUGGAGACAUAAUUACAGCGUACGUUGUUCCGUUGGGGGUCUUUUGUCUUACGCAAAGUGUAUCUAGUAGUAAGGGUGGAAUGAUCGCUUUUGCAGUUUAACCUCUUGGGUCAUUUAGUACACGUGUGACCGUUAGCACUGCAGGGAGUAUUAUUAUUAUAUUCCCUGAUGAAUAAUAAACUCAUAGGGAUCACAUAGAGCCUGUGGAACAAGAUUCAGUCAAAUUUGACACCAUUAUAGGUGUAUGUUUUUUGACAUAGACGACAUACAAUUACGCAGGGCUCAACAUGGCCGACACGGCAGGUUGUGUAGCGGGCUAGCUGCGGGAUUUUCAAGGAUAGCUCCUGGUCAAAGAGGCUGACCAGGUCCCUACUUAACAGAACUCAGUGUGAAUGCUUUGAGAAGAUACCAGAGCAGCGAACGGACAUCCCAGUGCAUCGUUUCAGCGUAAAUAGUUGAAGUGUUGUGCAAUUUCAGAGGAUUUGGUGUUGUCGAGUCAGGACCAGUCAGCGCCUCCCCCCCCCUCUCCGCCGGGGGGGAGGGGGAGGGCGUGUGUAGUAAACAGUGACCCUCUCAUAACGCCUCACCCCUGCGCGUCUCCCCUGCCUCACCCACCCAACUCCCAGCGCCACCCCAUCUGUAGAGGGUACUUCUCCCCUAACCCACGAUGUCAGCGAUGGCACUGCAGGGAGUGCCGGGCUCACAGGAACUUCCACUACAGGGACAGCAUCGUGGAGUUCGACCGCGAGGCAGCUGUCAGGUGUGCCACAGGCAGUGUGUACUCAGUUCCUCAAGCUUCAACAUCCGUGCACACGAGGGCCUGGGAUCUUCAAUCAACUUGGCGUCCACCAGGACGCUGACAUGUCCCUAGGGGAGCUCUCCAUCGGGCUGCUAACGGAGUCACUGGCUUCUUGGACCUCUUGGGGAGGGUCGAUGGUGCUCGUGCAAGCAGCAGAUCCCAGGGCAACUUGCUGCUGUUUGCAAUGGCUGUCUGCCGAGGAGAGACAGGCACCUAGCAACAUCUGUUGUUGGGGCAAUGGAUGAAUUCCCUGCUAUGUUUGUUAACUGCUCAUUACUCUGUAAUUUGUCUAUGAUUGUAAUCAUGUGAUAACGUGUUUAUCAUUCAUUACCUUUGAAACUUGUCAUGAUUUUGACCAGCUCUACCUGGAGCUCAUUACCUUUGUAAAUUCUCAUGAUUAAUGUGUUUAUGAUUCAUUACCUUUGCAAUUAUUCAUGAGUGUGACCAGCUCUACCUGGAGCUCAUUACCUUUGUAACUUGGUCAUGAUUAUGACCAGAUCUAGUUCAUUACCAUUGCAACUUGCUCAGGUAUCAAAACUUUGGAGUCCAGUCCCUGGACCAAUUAUGUACCUCUGUAAUCUUUUGACUACCGCCCACAAGAUGGGUAUGGGGUGCAUAAUAAACAUAUUAAACUAAACUAAACUAAAGACAUACAAUUAGCAGCUCUCGGCUAUUUUACGCGACAUUUUCUAUCAUUGGUCAUCCAAAAUGCCUAGAAACCACUUUGAGGUGGCUGCUCUUUCAAGCUCUUGAAGAAAUCCUUGGUAACUUGGGUAUAAAAGAAAAGGUCCAGCAUGGGGUGAUCUGAUGGUAAUGCUCAGGCUGAAUGUUGCGUGGAUCACAUGAUAUUGGGAAAUGCGUAGUCCAUUGCUAGUAGUAGUAGUAGUGGCCAUGGCGAUGUCCGUGUACGGUGCUACUUUAGCAUGCGGUCUACCGCAGUAUUCGUAGUCUACCCUGUGAACUGACUAACGUGCGGUCUACUUUUUAUGCUAUAAUUUUUUUUUACCAUCAGCGUAACAACCUAACCUAACCUAACCGCACGCUGAAGUAGCACCCCGUGUACGUUGUAGAGGCAGUGCGGACCUAGUGAUUUCUUUGAAAUUUGCCUAAGUGUUCUGUUCCUCAUUUGAUUUGUGAAAGUCGUCAGGAGAAAGGCUACGUACGUCUCUGUUAAGUCUCUUGAUAAAGACUGACUUUUUGGUCUGGGGAAGGGUGAGGAGACGACAUCGAAGUGAUUCCUUCGUGUAGGUAAUAGCGUCUCCACGAAGUGAACGAAUGCACACAGUGCGCCUGCAUACUGGAGAGAGAGUAAAGGCUGGUGGUCAGCUCUUCGUGAACAGUGAAGUGUGCUGAUCUGUGAAGUACAUGUUUUGUAAAGAGGAAGAACAGCAGCUCAGAUAAGAAGAGUGUGGAACAGGCGAAGAGCAGUGCAAAAGAAGUUAUCUGUAGAAACAGGGUCAGGGCUUAACUCAGCAGCGGGACGUUGAUGGCAAGAGACGAGAACAGCAUAGAAGCGAACUGAUGGUAGUGGUUAGUUUAAUAUGUUUAUUAUGCAUCCCAUACCCAUCCUGUGGGCGUAGUCAAAAGAUUACAGAGGUACAUAAUGGGUCCAGGGACUGGACUCCAAAGUUUUGAUAGCUGAGCAAGUUACAGAGGUAAUGAACUCACAAUUACGAAGGUAAUGAACUCACAAUUUACAAAGGUUAAGAACUCAAUUUACAAAAGUAAUGAACUCCAGGUAGGUCUGGCCACAAUCAUGACAAGUUACAAAGGUAUUUGCAGAUUACAGAGGUACGUAAUGGGUUCAGGGAUGGUAGUGGUGACAGAUAUGUCAGGCAAGUGCAGGAGCUCGGGAGGAAAUUCAGCUAACGGUAGAUUUUUUUUUUUUUUGAGGCUUUAUGGUAGAUUCAUGGUUUAAGGAACCAUUCUUGGAACCUCUUAAGAUUUCUCCGAGUACGUGAUGUACUAGGUCAAACACGUGGUCAGCUGAGAUGUAGGGCGAGCCGCAGGCGAAUUUCAUGAUACCGUUGCCUAGUCUUGUGUACAGUAUCUUGGAGUACAUGGAGCCUCUAUUAGAGGGUGGUCUAGAAACCAGUUUUUCCAGGCAAAUACUGUGACUGUCAGCUACAACCUCUUCAUUUCACCUUUACUCUGAUAUGUAAGAUCCAGCCGCAUGCCUAUGGUUUGUGCUUGAGGAACUGACCACCUCCCACAGAGGGAGACGGACUGAUUACGUCAAGACCACUUCGACUACAAGAUGACGGACUGAUUACGUCAAGACCACUUCGACUACAAGAUUUCACCUGUAUUUCGACUGAAGAAGCCUGAUGUACAGGCGAAAUUUAUAGGCAAUAAAGAUACCCAUUUACUCCAAA